AUGGUUGAUUGGAUUCGUUUUGAUAAAAAUCGCAAGAUUGACCCAUACACGAACUCGCAGUUUGGGUCUACCAAGCGCGAGAUCAUAAAUAAUAUGUUAUUUUUUAACUAUAUAUACAUCAAGAGCGACGUUCCCCUGUGUGUUUACUACCGGAGGUGUGUUAAGUUAGUGAGGUCACACAUUCUCAUGGAAUCUUCAAUUUUGAGUCAGGAAUCUUUCAAAGGUCAUAGCUAUAACCUAAAUAUAGAUGAUUUGAGGACCAAAAACGAUAUAUAUGUACAUAUUAGUGACAAACACCGAAACGGAGAUUCCAUAGACACAAACAGCAUAACCCACAUAUUAAAAUAA